GGAGCUACGUUAAGUCAACAAACGUAACUAGUUAAGUAGAGUGAUAUCGGAAGUUUGGCGAUUGGAAUUUCAAAAUAAUUUACAUUAAAUAGCAAAAUAACCAUUUAUAUUCAUGACAGUGUUUUUUAAUUCGAAAGUCUUAGCCGGAAGUUACUCUUAUUUUGUGGAUUUUUGACAGAAGUGGUAUCUAAAAGUGGCAAAGAAGACUCAAGCCUGCAGUUUCUUGAUAGUAUAGCUAACUUACAACUAUGAACCUGCAGUUUAAAGACACCGACGUGGCUGAUGCAGUCGAGAAGCUUAAGAAGAAAUAUUUGGAGAGGAGGAAACAGUUGCCCCCGUCAGAAGACAUUACCUCAGGAGCCAGUGACGAGGCAGUACAAAGGCUCAUUGUGGCCAACAGGUCCAAUCCAACAAGCAAAGAAUUGAAAUGCUACAGCAAAGCUUUACAUGAGCUGUUCAAAGCAGUUACCAACCAUCCUGACCAGUUUGGCAGUGAUCAUAGUCUGCGUGGCAGUAAUCAGGACCUGAGUGGGGACUUUACAGCUGCCCCACUUCACGACUCUCAGGUGCUGUUCACAGAAACAGAUGUGACCUUGCCUUCCUGUCUGGAUGGUAGCCCUGGGUCCCAGGAAACUGAGACUGACGGGAAGUUUCAGAGAGCUUGCCAACUCCCUGACUCGCGCCGUUCCUCUUCCUUAAUACUAGCAAAGGUGUACCAGGAGAUGAUGACCAUCUACGAACAACUAAAGGCAGAGCGACAAAGCCAGCAGCAGUGGGAGAGGGAGCUGCAGGAGCGGGAGAGGAGGCUGAAGCAACAGGAGGAGGCUUUUGGGAGGCUGGCCGGGCUGGAAGAGAUGCUACACAGUCGCAUACUAGCUGUAGAGGAGAAACACCAGCAAGAGCUGAGCCAGCUGCAGGAUCUUCUUCGAGAGAGGAGCAAAGAAAACAGGAGGCUCAAGUCCAGCUAUGACAUCAUCAAGGAGCUGAAUGACAACAUGAAGAAACAGUUAAAUGAGAUCAAUGAACAGAACAAGAAGUUGGAGAGCCAGUCCAAGAGGGUGCAGGCCCGACUUGAGAACCUACAGAGGAAAUACGAGCACAGCAUAACAUCAAGAGGCUGUCAAAAAGUGAGUGUUAAGAGCACCGAGUGUAUUAAACCAUCCAAAAAGGAGAAAACUGCUGCCUCUGGAAAACCCAGCAACAAGGGCCGCUCCAGUCCCACCCCACUAAAGCUCCUGGCCCUCCUACUGGACUGGACACUUGAUGGACAGACGUUCUCAUCAGUAGCAGGAAAUGAAGGGAAGGGUGUCGGCCAGUGUCUGCCUCCAGAGGUCGUACUCAACGAGAGAUGUCUUAAGGUGCUGCCGUUAUUAGCUGAUCAGCUUCAUCACGCUCCGUUAUCAGAACCUGACCUCCUCCUCAACCUUCUUCGCCUCAUCUACUGGGCUUUGAGACACAUGGACAGUACACAGCAUGUAGCACUAUCUACCACUCUGCGGCGGAUAGGAGAGGAAGCAUCAAAGCCCCCAGCCCAGUUAACAACGUCUCAGUCUGAAGAUCCAGACCUGCCCAAGUCCUGCAGGAGCUGGCCCCUUUACCGCAGCCCCUGUCCCUGCACACGUAUCCUCUCCACCCUCAUCAUCCUCCGCACUGUCACACAAGCUGAUGUGCUGGCCCAGGUUCUGGAGAGUCUCCAUACCGAGCUGAUGUCUGAGGAGAGCCGAGGCCUUUUCAUCCACUAUGGAGGAGUGUGUGCACUGCUGUCGAUGCUGCGAGCUGGCCGUGGAGGUCUGCACACACCUGUAGACAUCCUUAUGCAGCUAACUGAACAGUCCCGCUACUUAAAUUCCUUCCUGGAGGCAUGUAGCUGUGAGGAGUUUUUCCGAACGGCCUCCCAGCUUCUUAAAAACCCUCGUCUGGAGCUCCCGUCGCUGGAGAAGCUCUCCAUCCUUCUCCAGAAGCUCUCCAGCAUCAGGAAGAACCGUCGUCUGUUUGAACUGUCCUCCCUCCACCUCCAGAUACAAGAACUUAAUCACAAAACCAACCACACACACACCUUCCUCUGCCUCAAUCUCAGGUCCAUCCUCCACAACCUUAAAUAACACACACAUACACUCACAUGUGUUUCUCUGCCUCAUGCUAGAUUCAAGGUCUCUUUAAAAAUUCAGAUUUCCCAGUUCGGAUGAAGAUUACUUGCCUUGUAUUUCAGUACUUCAGUACGUUGCUUGAUCUUCCAUGUGUGCUCAAACUAUAAUUAUCAUAUUUCCAACUGUACAGUACUUCAAGGCUCCACACUGCUCUGCCUCAAAUAACAUAUGCAGAAGCACAUUCUUUAUUUAUACAGUGAUGUGUUUUUGAAGUUCUUUUGUCUGUCAUAAGUACUUUUUAGUGUUGUGUAUGUUUUCCCUUUUGUGACCCGUCUGUUUUUAUGUUCCAUAGUUUUAAUCUGAUGUGCCCCCCCCCAGUUUUUUAAUGGGUGUCUGAUGUGCUCAGAGGAAGAGAGGCUGUGACUGUGAAGCUUUUUAAUGACAAUAAACAAAAAGAACUGAAGGACAUUAAGAUCGGACUGCAUAUGAAAUGCUGAAAUCCAUAUGUUUUGUAUAAACUUGUCUUAUUUGUUUGUUCCAGAGCAUGGGUGGGUUGAUGGGAGUAAUGGUCUCAGGAUGGGACACACUGGUGGUGUUGGUUGAUGGAGGAGAUUGGACGGACUGGAACAAUUACAGCUGAUAUUUAAAACGUGCUCAUUGAAAACCGCUCGGAAGUGCUUGGCUGGUCUGAACUGAAAGAGGAGUGCAUCCAAUUUUUUUUGUCCCCUAUAGCAUCCAAAUUCCUAAAUUUUACAGCAUGAUAGUUAUUGUGUGAAACACUGUUUUGGUCAGGGUUUGAACAUAGUGAGUUUGACAAAAUAUUUGCUGGAUAUUGGAUCACAUAUUUGUUGUAGUAUAGUAUAUAUCUAUAUGAAUAUAGAUUACAGUAUACUUGUACACUAGCUGUCUAUGUAAGGCCCUUAAGAUUCAUCAUCUCGUUUUCAAGAAGGUUCUGACAACUCAUUACAUUUUACCAACUACUGGGUAGUGCAUACCAAAAAAGAAAUGUGAAAAAUAAUAAACAUAAUUAGUAACAAAAUCGUUGUCAUGACAUUAAUACAUUAUUAUAAAAAUGAACAUGAGCAGCAAGAGCAACUAGAUUGAUGAAAGGGAGCCUUUAAUUCUCUUUCACCCAUUUCAGUAGAGACUGAUGGAACAAAAAGGCAAAGCUGACUGAUUUCAGUUGUUUUGUAACAUUUUACUCAGGUUUCACAUAAGUAUGCAUUCAUCUUUAUUAAUCAAGACUAAUUAUUAUGCUUGGUUUAGGGCUGCAGCCAUCGAUUUUUGAUUAAUCAGUGAAUUGCUUGAAAAAACCACCUGCUCAAGAAAACAUUCAAGAAAAAGAUGUUUGAAAGGAAAUGUUCUGCCACAAUACAUGCAACCUGUAAAGUUAAAGUAAUUCCUUGAGCGAUUGCAGACACUUGGAACAUGUCUGCAUUACAGUUAUAGUAGAUCCACUGGUGGUUACACAUGUUGAGAUGUGGUGAUAUUAGAGUGAAAUGUAAAAAUUACUAUUGUACAGUCAAAAUACAAUGGAAAAUAUCAGUUUUGGAAAUCAGACGAAUUUACAGCAUCAUGCAUCCCUAAAACAAGCAGAGCCAUUACAGUAUGUUCACUAUAUUCACUUUUGAGCAUUUUCUUAAACCGUGUUUUUUGUUCUGAUCAGUUUGGAAGCUUAUGUUCAGCCUAUGUUCAGCUGUGAUAAAGGUUCAGGACUGAGCUGUAGUUUAUAGUUUAGCCCAUUUAAUGAUAUGGAAUGUUAUUACCCCAAAUGACUUUGGUUUCUAACCACUUGUGUUAUUACGUGGCCGGCACCAGAGCACAUGCAAGAACAGUGUUAAAAGUUCAGUUUAUAUACAAAGUUUAUAUACAAAAUGACUGGAAAACGAUUUAAUUCUAUUGCCCUUUUAAAAAUGAUUGUGCUGUUGUAAAUAAGUAGUAUAAUUUUAAUCUCCACUGGGGGUGAGACUAAAUUGCCAGGGCACAGAUAUAGAGACCAGAAGGGGGAAAUCCCCCUCCAUCCUACUGAGCAAAUGACCCUGGUCCCUGAUUAAGUUUUAGCCUACGUUUAAAUUAUUUUCUUGCUGAUGUUUUUACUACUUCACCAACUGUCAAACAGAGGAGAUUAUGUCCUAGAUAAAAGAGGAGGUCAUAUCUUGAGGAGGAGAGUGUUUACAUUGUUUUCCCAUUGAGGCUGUUGUGAAUUUUGUUGCAUCUGGAUGAUAUCAAAUGGAAACAUCAGGCUUUAUGAUCAACAGCAGAACACACAACCACAUAAACACUCAUCCUGUGACCACCAUUCUUCACCAAGCCACCCAGGGAACAUGUGCAGGUCCGACCCUGAACCCUCAGAAAUCCAAAAAUCUGUUUGUCUUUUGUCACUUCUAGUCAGAUGCAGUGAGGUUAGUACAAUUACUCAAGAUCAUCAUAUUAUCACCAGCCGUUUCUUCCGCAUCCAUCUCUUCUGCCUCGGAGCAUGCUGGCUCUCCGGAUAGAGUACAAAUUGACUGUGAAGCCACCUAUCACUUUCUUUCUCUAUCAACUCAUCUUUUGCUUUGGCAAAGCUGUAAUAUGGAGCUAUUGAGCGGCACGAUAACGCAUGACAGCUGAUCAGAGCUGCACCCUUCACUGGCACUAGUACGAAGUACAGAUUUGAGGUACUUUGAGUAUUUUCUUUUCAUGCUACUUAAUACUGUACUUUUUACUCCACUACACUUUUUUGACAGAUUUAGUUUAUAUAUUAUACUUUAUAAAUUAAGAUUAAGAACCGAACAAUCAAUCAAAUAGAUUACUCAAGAAAAUAGCAAGCCAAUUAAUCCAUAAGAAAAAUAAUUAGUUGCAGUCCUAUAUAAAAUAGUUUAAAAAAAUCAACUCCACCUCAACCAACUACAACAGCAAAAUUCUGCUUACAAAUAAAUGCAUCAGUAAUAAUAAUCUAAUGAUAUAUAAUAGUUUUACAAUCACAGGGGCCAUUUUUCCUUAUUGAGUACUUUUACUUUUAAUACUUUAAGUAUAUAGUUUUACUCAUGUAACAUUCAAUGCAGGACUUUUACUUGUAAUGGAGUGUUUGAAAGUGUGGUAUUAGUACUUUUACUUAAGUAAAGGAUCUUCCUCCGCCACUGCGGAUUACCAAUCAAGCCAUCUUUUUCAUGAGCACUUGGUAGUUAGGACAUACAGAAGGUGUAAGGCUGUGUUCACACCCAGUGAUGUAGUUUAAAUGAACUCAGGCACAGUCCUGUUUGGCAGAUAUGGCAAAUAAAAUUGUCCUAAUCUCAA